AUGAACCCCGACACACAAUCGCAGCCAACUACCGUCCUGGUGGAAACAGUCGCCCCGCCAGCGCAGGCCCGUGUUCGCAGCACGCCGCCAUUCACAGCCCAACCUCCGCCUCAGAACCCGACGGGCCAUGCGAGCAGCAAUGGCGACGGCGGUCCUCACCAACCCACAGAACCAGAAAAGACACACAAUCCGCAGUUCUGGGCUGUGGACCUGGAGCAGCAGGGCAACGCAGCAGAGACAGCUGCCAAACGACGACUCCACAUGCUGAGGUCGAGAAUUAGGCGACCGGGGAUGGACUCGACGUGCGGGACGCUCGUGGACACGCUCGUGCUGGUUGCCAGCGGCAUGGUGCUACUGUUCUUCAUUAUCUUGAUGGUGCAGUUGUUCGGGAGCAUCCCAGACAAUUGA